AUGGCUUUACUCGCUAUAGUUGGCGCAACUAUCCAAGUUACCAUGCGUGCCUAUCAAAUAGUUGCUGUUGUGCGUGAUUCAGAAGGCAUAAAUGAUGAAUCCAAACAAGCUUUGAGAUUAUUGGAAUCUGAUUUAAAAACGGCCCAAGAUACGCUAGAUCACUUAAACUAUACAGCUCGUCGAGUGAGUGGAAAUGAUGAAAAAUCAUUAAUUGGCAUAACAAAUACAUUACAAUCAGCAAUAGCUGAUACUGAAAGAACUUUCGAUGAUGUGAAAGAUGGUCUCACAUUUCUCGAUCAUUUAUUAAAGAAAAAUAAGGAGACUUUACAGAGAAUACGUCAAAUGAGUGAUACUUUAAAUAAUGCUCGUCGUAGAGUAGAAGAUCGACUACCUCAUAUACCAAGAAUAACAAUUAACGAACAUAUAUUACCAGAUUUUCGACAAACAUAUUGUGAUGUACCUGACAAAGAGCUUUCUCUCUAUGAUUUUUCUUUUAAAACUAAUACUCGACCUUCAAUAGUCGAAAUUGCUACUGAACAAUUCAAUACAACGAAAUUUUCCUUUUAUAUGAAAGUCAAUACUGAACAAACAAUUUUAAGCUAUCAUUUGAGAACAUGGACAGCUUUAAAUCUAAAAUCAUUCGUUCCAACUGAUCUCUGUCCUAGCAUUUUAAAUUCUGAAUCGACUACUUCAACAGAUUCAUUAUCAAGUUUACCAAGUGCACCACUAGCUGCAGCAACAAUUGAUACAAAUAAUAUUCAUCGAAGUCUUGAUUUUUCACAAUUUCUUAUGUUACAUGAUUAUAUUUGUGGUAUAGCAUCAACACAUAACUUUAUUUAUAUAGCAACAAAAUAUGAAAUAACAAUCAUAUCAUUAGGUAAAAAACGAGAAACGAAAGCUCGAUUUGGUGCAGAAGGUGAUGGACCUAAUAGAUUUAAACAUAUAUCACAUCUUUAUAUUCCAUCAAACGAUGAAACUAAUCUUUACAUUGUUGAUUGUGGUCAACAAUGUGUUCAUCAAUAUAAAAUAGAUGAUACAGGUCAUGGUCUUACUCAUGUUCAUCAAUAUUUUAUCAUUACAAAUGUUCCACAGCGAUAUAAUUUAGUUUCAUGCGUUAUUUUUAAUGAUUGGCUUUAUGUUAGUGAUGAUGCAAACAAUUGUUUACAUAUUUUUUCUUUAAAAGCUGAACGCCAAUCUCAUUAUUUAGUCCACAGGCUAAUACCACGGUUUUCACCCGGAUCAUUAUGUGUUCAUGAUAAAUAUUUAUAUGUUUCCGACCGUUCAGUACAAAGUCCUGGUAUAGUGGUAUUUGAUGAACAAUGUAUAAUAGUUGAUUGGUUUCGUAAUCCUAUGAUAAAAGAAAUUUUAGCUAUGGAUAUCGAUCCAAGUAUGAAUAAGUUAUAUAUUUUAACAACAACACAAGAUGAAAAUGAUAACAAAAGAAAACGACCAAUGAUUGUAUCAAUGGAUCUUCUUGUGCGUCCACAAAAAUGA